CCAUUAUCUUCUUUACUACUGAUAAAAAACGAGAUAGCGCAGCUAGGGUGACAGCUAAAAUUUUAGUCGACCCGUUGCACUGCCUGGCCAAAACAGCAUGGUUUUCGAACAAAGCAAGGACAAUGCGGACAACGCUCUGCUUGCGUUGUACGCCAUUAACGCAGUCACCUUGAUCAUCAAAAUGUUUUGGGUCACCACCUUGACCUCCAAAACACGAAUUUCCAAAAAGGUGUACGCAAACACUGAAGAUGCGAAAAUUUCCAAAGGAAAGGUGGUGUUGAACGAUCCUGAUGUUGAGAGAGUGCGAAGAGCUCAUUUGAAUGAUUUGGAGAACAUUCCAUCUUUCCUAAUCGUCUCCUUUUUGUACAUCCUGACCAACCCGAGCUAUGGGUUGGCUUUUAUCCUCUUCUGGGGAUUCACCUUGGCGAGGAUUGCCCACACCGUUGUCUAUGCUGUUAGACCCAAGCCCCAGCCAGCAAGAGCAAUCUCCUUUGGAGUUGGACUUGCCAUCACUUUUUACAUGUCGGUUCGAGUCCUCAGACACUUUUGGUAGAAUUUUUUCAAUAAAAACUUUCUAAGAACAAAAAGCACUACCCUUGGUAUUUAA